AUGCGAUGGGGCCAGUACGAGGCAAAGCUGCUCACCUCCGUGCAGGGCCAGCAGGGAGAUGGAAUAGCUCCUCUGGGCAAGGACAAGGAUGCUGCUGGUGGACCCUGGCUGCGAUGGGGCCCUGGGCAGGACCUCGGGGCGCCCUGCCAGCCCCAGCCCUUGAAAGGGGCCGAAGUGGCGCCCAGUCACUGGCAGUGCCUGGUUGCCCCCUCCCCUCGGAUCCAGCCCGAGCGUGGUAGCCCCGCCGCGGCGCGGCCCCAUGCAAAUGAGCGGGCGGUGCUAUGCCAAGGCGCACAGCGCCUGCGCGCCGCGGGGGGCCGGCAUGGCGGCGGGGGAGGUGAGCACGCGUGGGGGGCAGCGCGGCCCCGGCCCCGGCCCCGGCCCCGGCCCCACCGCCCCGCUCUCCCUCAGGAGUACUCGGAGCCGGCGGGGAGGGAGCCGCGGCUGCGGGACGCCCCCGAGGACAUCUGCUUCGAGGCGACGGUCAACGCCAUCGCCCUGCACCCGGCCCGGCCCCUGCUGGCGGCGGGGGAUGUGGAUGGCGACGUCUACCUGUACUCGUACUCCUGCACCGAGGGGGAGAACCGGCAGCUCUGGUCUUCGGGGCAUCACCUCAAGUCAUGCCGGGACGUGGCCUUCUCCCAGGAUGGGCAGAAGCUGUUCACCGUGUCCAAGGAUAAGUCCAUCCAUGUCCUGAUGGUGGAGGAGGGGCGGCUGGAAACACGCUUCCCCAAGGCCCACAGCUCAGCCCUCAACUGCGUGCUACCCAUCGAUAACUACGUCUUUGCCACGGGUGAUGACGGUGGGGCGGUGAAGGUGUGGGAUCUGCGCAAGGGGGAUACCAUCUUGGAGGCCCGUCAGCAGGAGGAGUACAUCAGUGCGAUGGCUGUGGAUGGUAACGGGAAGAUGCUGCUGACUGCCAGCGGUGAUGGCACCCUGGGUGUCUUCAAUGUGAAGAGGCGGCGCUUUGAGCUGCUCUCGGAGCCGCAGAACGGAGACCUUACAUCUGUUGUGCUGCUGAAGAGGGGGAAGAAAGUGGCGUGUGGCUCCAGCGAAGGUACCAUCUACCUCUUCAACUGGGAUGGCUUUGGGGCUGCCAGCGACCGCUUCGCUCUGAGGGCCGAGUCCGUUGACUGCAUGGUCCCCAUCACAGAUAGCAUCAUAUGUGUAGGGUCCCUGGACGGAGUCAUCAGGGCGGUGAACAUCCUGCCAAACCGGGUCCUGGGCUGUGUUGGGCAGCACCUGGGGGAGCCCAUCGAGCAGCUGGCGGUGGCCCCGGGCAGGCAGCUCCUGGCCAGCUGUGCCCAUGACCAGAAGGUGAAGUUCUGGAAUGUCUCUGCCCUGGGGGGGCUGGUGGUAGACGACUACAGAAAGAAGAAGAAGAAGGGAGGGCCGCUGCGGGCCCUCAGCAGCAAGGCGGUGGGCAGCGGCGAGGACUUUUUCGCCGAUCUGCGGGACAAGGCUGAGCCAGAGACAGCGGCAGCGGGGAGUGACAGCGACAGCAGUGACUGAGGGGUCAGGGCUGGGCAGGGGCUGGGGUUAGGGCUGGACCGGGGCAGGGGUGCUGCUGCCAUGCUGCCUCCCCUCAGCAUGCCUAAAGGCACAGAGGGUGUCGGGGUCACCCUGCAGUGGGUCCCUUGUACCAGGUGGGCAGCACUUAUGGGACGUGGGAAGCCUGCGAGGAAGGAUCCCAGGCGUGGUCCCAAGGUGAGGGGAGGUUGGGGAAGGGGGGAGGAUGGGUCCCAGGGGAGGGAGGGCCCCGGGAUGCAGGGGGUACUUGAGGAGUACUUUGCUGGGGGUCCCUGGUGAGAGGGCCUGGGGGGGCAUCAUGUCUGAGGGUCCCUGGUAUGUGGGGGGUCCAGGGAUGGGGGAUGUGGCUGGGGUCCCUGGUGGAGGGGUGGGUCACAACUGAGGAUCCUGGUGGAUGGUGGGGGAUGGCUCUGAGAUAAUGGGGGGGUUGUGGCUGGGUGUCCCUGGUGGGGAUGCAGCCCUGGGGGAGAGGGAUGUGGUGUGGGUGUGCCUAAGGCUGGGGUUUGCUGGUUUAUUUGGGGGCCUGGGAUGGGCGGGCAGGGGGAGUGAGGCAGGGCAUUGUUUGGGGUGGGGGGUGACAUGGGGCCCUCAGGUGCCUGGCCUGGGCAAACAGGUCCAUCUCCUGAGGGCCUGCCUGGCCCUCGCUGUGCCUGCACUGUUGUCCAAGCAGGUGUGUCAGCCUUUGUUAAUUAAUUUAGACAUAAGCUCUGUUACAAAUAAACCCAGUGCCUUUCA